CAUCCACAUCGUCGCCAUAACCCAUUAAACAAUUCAUGGGUCUUAUGCUCUCCACACCGAACUAAGCGACCUUGGCAAGGCCAACAAGAAACAGUUGACAAUGAAUCGAUACCUAGUUAUGAUUCGAACUGCUAUCUGUGCCCGGGGAAUAUACGUGCAAAAGGAAACAGAAAUCCCGAGUAUAAAAAUACUUUUAUCUUCACUAAUGAUUUUGCUGCCGUAAAUAUUGAUCAACCCCAAUUGCGGCAUAAUUCCGAUGACAAAUUAUCGUCCCUAUUAAGGGCUGAAGGUGUUAAGGGUGAAUGCAAAGUUAUGUGUUUUUCUCCAAGACACAAUAUCACUAUCGCUGAAAUGUCAGAAGAUGCUAUAAUUCACGUAAUUCAGGCAUGGGUUGAA